CUAGGGGUUGUGCUUGUUGCUCCCAACUUCCAGGGUUGCAGUCUGCAGCAACAGAUUGAAUGUUUGUGUGUUUGGUAGGUUAGACGGUAGACCCACUGCCGCUCAAAAUAUUCUGGUUUUCAUUCUAUCUACAAAUUGUCAAGCAUUUCACUCCUCCAUAUGUCAUUCCCAAUACAUUUAUUGAAUUGAGUGAUUGUAGCUUCCGGGUCUUAGAUUCUUCAGAUUGUAGUGAUCAAGGUGUUUUGAUUCGCACUCUAUACGUUCUGAUAAAAUGGCAAAAGCUAUGGACAACAACAAGGCAAUGCCCAGCAGUCAACGGGCUAUUAUUUCAAUCCUAGAAGAGAUGGGCAUAACCGAGUAUGAUCCACGAGUGACAAAUCAAUUGCUGGAAUUUGUUCAUCGCUAUGUUACAAGCGUAUUGGACGAUGCCAGAGUCUAUGCUAAUCACGCCAAGAAGAAGAACAUUGAUUUAGAAGAUGUGAAGUUGGCUACAACAUUACAACAAGAUCGAAUAUUCACAUCACCUCCGUCAAGAGAUGUUUUAUUGGAACUUGCUAGGGAGAAGAACAGAACUCCUUUGCCAACGUUUGAUGAGCUGAAAAAUGGGAUCAGGUUGCCACAUGACCGAUACUGUCUCAACUCUUGCAACUACAGAGUGAAAAGUUCAAAUCCCUAUCAAAAUAGCAAGUAUACGACACCAACUGGUCUAUUUGAAGACCGACGUCACCGUUCGGUCAGAGGAAACCAUAUGGCUGGAGGUGCUCCAUUUGCUUCCAAGUCGUCUUUGAAUUUCUUGAGACAGUCAAGACCCACUCCUCGUACAGAAACCAUAACAUCAGCGAAGAGUUCAUUCCAAUCCAGCACAGCCGGUGCUCAAGGAGCAUCAAUCAAUCCAAAUCAGAAAAUGCAAAUCAAUACUUGGGGCCCAACUAUUCCAGUGGAAUUAAAUGUGUUGAGACAAUACAAAAAUAAGAAAUUAAUCCCAAGUACGAGUGGAAUGCAAGAUAUGAAAUUAAUCCCAAAUACGAGUGGAAUACCACAUAAGAGAGCAUUCCCAAGUACGAGUGGAAUGCAAAAUCUGAAAUUGAUCCCAAGUACGAGUGGAAUAACAAAUAUGAGAGCAAUCCAAGUACUAGUGGAAUGCAAAAUAUGAGAGCAAUCCCAAGUACGAGUGGAAUGUCCAAAAUGAUAGCAAUCCCGAAUACGAGUGCAAUACAAAAUAUGAAAUUAAUCCCAAAUACAAGUGGAAUGCAAAAUAUGAAUUUAAUCCCAGGUACGAGUGGAAUGCAGAAUAUGAAUUUAAUCCCAAGUACGAGUGGGAUACCAAACCCUUUGAAAAGGAAAACCGAAGAUUCAGCUGGAAUCGACGAUCAUUAAAGAGAUCUUCAUCCUCAAUGUUGUAAUCGAUGUUGUAUUUGUAUUUUUAUGUGUAAAUGUAUUGUAGGUACUUCUAAAAAUGUUGCAAGUCACGAUCGCAUGAGAGAAGAGUUAAUAGUUAAAAGUUAAUAUUAUCGUGGAAAUCUAUUGAAUAUAAUUCGAUGUUGUAUUUGUAUUUUCAUAUGUAAAUGUUGUAGUUCACGAUCGCAUGAGAAAAGAGGAUCGUAAAUAUUAUCGUGGACAUCUAUUGAAUAUAUUUGAUGUUGUAUUUGUAUUUUCAUAUGUAAAUGUUGUAAGUCACGAUUGCAUGAGAAAAGAGGAUCGUUAAUAUCAUCGUGGAAAUCUAUUGAAUAUAAUUUGAUGUUGUAUUUUCAUAUGUAAAUGUUGUAAGUCAUGAUUGCAUGAGAAAAGAGGAUCGUAAAUAUUAUCGUGGAGAUCUAUUGAAUAUAAUUUGAUGUUGUAUUUGUAUUUUCAUAUGUAAAUGUUGUAGGUCACGAUCGCAUGAGAAAAGAGGAUCGUAAAUAUUAUCGUGGAAAUCUAUUGAAUAUAAUUUGAUGUUGUAUUUGUAUUUUCAUAUGUAAAUGUUGUAAGUCACGAUCGCAUGAGAAAAGAGGAUCGUUAAUAUUAUCGUGGAAAUCUAUUGAAUAUAAUUCGAUGUUGUAUUUUCAUAUGUAAAUUAUGUAAGUCAGGAUCGUAAAUAUUAUCGUGGAAAUCUAUUGAAUAUAAUUCGAUGUUGUAUUUGUAUUUUCAUAUGUAAAUGUUGUAAGUCACGAUCGCAUGAGAAAAGAGGAUCAUUAAUAUCAUCGUGGUAAUCUAUUGAAUAUAAUUCGGUGUUGUAUUUGUAUUUUCAUAUGUAAAUGUUGUAAGUCACGAUCGCAUGAGAAAAAAGGAUCGUUAAUAUCAUCGUGGAAAUCUAUUGAAUAUAAUUCGAUGUUGUAUUUUCAUAUGUAAUUAUGUAAGUCACGAUCGCAUGAGAAAAGAGGAUCGUUAGUAUUAUCGUGGAAAUCUAUUGAAUAUAAUUUGAUGUUGUAUUUUCAUAUGUAAAUUAUGUAGGUCACAAUCGCAUGAGAAAAGAGGAUCGUUCGUAUUAACAUAGAAAUCUGUUUACCAUUAAAACUUAGUUGAAUUCAGAUCAUUCUUGAUAUGAAUUCAGAUUGCUGUCGUAAUCAACUUUAUGUGUUAAUGAAUGUCAAUAUAAUAUGAUAAUUUCCUAUCUGUUUUGCUACUCUUCUCUAGCACAAAAGCCAACAAGGUUUUGCUGGUAACACCGAUUAAUUUUGUACUUUAUUAUUUUCAAGUAAAUUAUUUCAUAUUACCUACCUAUGUUGCUAUGUAUUGUUUUUAAAUGUGAAUAUAAUAUGAUAAUUUUUCUAUCGGUUUGGUUACUCGUUUUGUCCACCCAGCACGAAAACCAAAAAGUUUUUCCUGGUAUUUUAUUUUAUUUUUUAUAGUAAGUGUGGUGUACAGGGUUAAACGUUGUAUAAUAUAGUGAAUUAGCAGUACGCUGCCAUGAUCACUCCAUUUUCACACAAUUUUUCGAAUUUCCGAAGAUCUAUGAUAAUGACAUUGAUGAACUUUUGAUGAUGUGUCUUUCAAUCAUUCCUCAGAAUAAUUGAAUUGUCUUUGAACCGGGGGAAUUGAGAACUCUUUACUUACUAAUCUGCACAUCUGUAUAAAAUUCAUCCGGUUUUCACCGUUUGAUUUAUCCCCAAGUCUUAUGGUUCAUGACUUGACGUUAUCAUCACCGUGUCAUUAAGUACAUCUUGUGGUUCAUGUGUGUUCUUAUAAACCAAAUA